GAAAGCGCCAGUGGAGGAGCUGGGAGCUGCUGCUGCAUGCUCUUGUCUGAGCGUCUGCGGACACGGAGCACUCAACAACUCGGGACAGAGUCCUACCAUCGGGCCGGCCCCCCCAAACCACCCCAGGGUCUCCUGCAGCCUGUCCGUGGGCAAUGCCAGCUUCUACCUGACACCUUCGUCAGUGAGGAGGACUUGACUUCUCACUCAGGGAUUGCAAGUGGGAUUCAGAAGAGCUGAAAAGUCCUACAAGCCGCUGUGUAAAAGGUUUUGGAGUUAAUCCCAGGAACGUGGAUAACCUUCAAGAACCUAAUGAGUAGCCAAAGAAUUUCUAGGGGAAUCAUAGUGGAAGAGGCCAUCGUCAUUGACCAUGUACCAUGAAGUCUCCCAAUUGUUCUCCUUGGUUAGUUGAACAGAAUGAAGAUAAUUGUUCUGUUUUCUCUCUGGAAUCCAGUGUUUUCUACAGCGAAGAAUGUCUGAAUAAAAAUUCUUUGAACACCAUCAUCAUAAAUGUAGGGGGUAGCAGGUUCAUUUUGUCCCCUGAAACUCUGUUGUCCCACCCUGAAACACGUCUGGGGAAACUGGCUAUGUCCGAACAGGAUUCGGUGCUGGAGUUAUGUGAUGAUGCCAACUUUGUGGACAACGAAUAUUUCUUCGACCGGAGUUCUCAAACAUUCAAGUACAUCAUGAAUUAUUAUAAAACUGGUAGAUUACAUGUGAAUGAAGAACUUUGUGCAAUGUCUUUUUUACAGGAAAUUGAAUACUGGGGAAUAGAUGAAUUUAACAUUGACAUUUGCUGCAGAGACAAAUAUUACAGACGGAAAGAAAUUAAUGAAGCUUUAGACAUAAAGCAAGAUGCGGAAAUGAUUGAGAAUGAAGAGGAAGAUUUCUCUGGAGUAGCCUGUGAAAACCUAAGACAAAAACUAUGGCUUAUGAUGGAGAAACCUGACUCUUCAAAGAUGGCGAAAGUAUUUGGCAUCCUUUCUGUAGGAUUUGUUCUCAUAUCCAUUGUAAAUAUGGCACUCUUUUCCCUUGAAUAUACAAUAUUGGAACCUCUUUUAUUGAAUGUGAUUGAGUAUAUUUGUAUCACCUGGUUUUCUGCUGAGUAUUUACUGAGAUUUUUCUGUGUCAAAAACAAAUGGAAGUUUCUUAAGAGUCUGGUAAAUAUCAUCGAUCUUAUCGCUGUGGUCCCAUUUUACGUCACCAUGCUGGUGGAGCAACUUUAUGGAAGUUUCACAGAAUUGGAAAAUGUGGGAAAGGUUGUCCAGAUCCUGAGGUUGAUGAGAUCACUACGUAUGCUAAAGCUUGGAAGACACUCAACAGGUCUGAAAUCUCUUGGAAUGACUGUGACUCAGUGUUAUGAAGAAGUUGGCUUACUCCUCCUUUUCCUGUCUGUGGGCAUUUCCAUCUUCUCAACAGUGGAGUACGCUGUGGAGCAUAGUGUCCCAGAGACUACAUUUUCUAGUGUACCCUCUGCAUGGUGGUGGGCAACAACAUCUAUGACCACUGUGGGUUAUGGAGAUAUCCGUCCUGAAACUACUGUCGGGAAGAUAAUUGCUUUUUUAUGUAUCUUGACUGGCAUAUUGGUCUUAUCACUACCCAUAGCGAUUAUAAAUGACAGGUUUUCCUCUUGUUACUUUACCCUCAAGAUGAAAGAUGCUGCCCUUCGACACCGUGAUGCUUUGAAGAGACUCACCAAGAAUUCGGCCUUUGAUUCCAUUGCCAAUGUUAAUUUGCGAGAUGUUUAUGCACGUAGCAUUAUGGAAAUGCUACGGAUUAAGAGUAGAGAAAGGGCAAGCACUAGAAGUAGUGCUGGAGGUGAAAUGUGGUGACCUAGUGUUAGUUAAUGUGGUGUGC